AUGGUGCGCCAGUGCUGUAUUUGCAAGAUAUACACUCGUCAGCGUGAAGCAGAAGGCUUAUCUUUUCAUCGGAUGCUUAAUGAACCUACAAGAAGAUCUAUUUGGGUAUCUCUUCUGGGAUUUGAGAAAGACCACCAGUUCCCAAAGUAUGCUUACGUCUGUUCCAAACACUUUCAGAAAAGUGAUUUUGUAAUUAUGCCUGAUGGAGCUAGGCAUCUCAAAUGCGAUGCUGAUCCAACUGCUGUGCAUUCUGCCUUUGAUCUCACAAAGAGCGCCAGUUCAGAGUCAUCGCUUAGUCUCAGCUCUUUUAGUAGUCCUGGCAAGGAACAAAUAGGAGUUUCCUCAAGCUCAAAGCCUCAUUCAGAAAUUGACAUUCUGGGUAUUACCGCCACUUCAGCAGAUGGUGGCCCUGUUGUAAAACGCUUGAGAUUUGAAGACAUUGUUGCUGAUGUGAAAUCCGUUACAGCUACAGAGACCAAAGAACAGCUACAGAUUCAAGAAAAGCACAGGUUAGAACAUGAAAAUGUGUACCCGGGACCAUCUAGAGAGCUACCAUCUUAUCCAGCAGUUGCUAAUUCAAGUUCAUCAGAUACGACUACUGCAUCAGAGGCUAAAGAACAGCUGGACUCUGUAGCAAUGCCUGCCCCUACAUCUGAUUUUCACACGAAACCAGUUGCAGGACUGAAGAGAAAGAGGAAGAGCCGUUAUGUUGGUGAUAUGUCGAGUGAUGAUUUCUCCUCACCUGUAAGAGCAAAAAGAAACUUUUGCAUAAUGAAAAAUGUAAUACAGGCCCAGAGAAGAAUUCAUGGACUUCGAGUCACAGUUAACUCACUCAGGAAGAGAGUAAGGACACUAAAUAGCCUUAUUAGUGUUUUAAAGAAAAAGUCUUACAUAAGUGACUCAUCUGAAAAUGUUUUGAGGGCAACGUUAUCCGGCUCAUCUCUUAAAAUUUUUGAGAGAAUGUUACGUUAACAUUACAUCACAGAAGUAUGACCCUUCAAUAAGGACUUUUGCAUUAACUUUAGCUUUUUAUUCGCCUAACAGCUUAUAAUUUUGUCAGGAACACGUUCAAUAAAUCACUGCCUCAUCUAAGCACUAUCAGUAAAUGAUAUAG